AUGGAGCAGAUCCCUCUGAACCACGAAGCCUCCGACGGCGACACCAACAAGCAGACUACGGCCUCGCUGCCGACGGAAGUCGUCCAGUGUCUCGAGAAUGCACGCUUUCUCCAUCUCGCUACCUGCGUCGACAACCAGCCCCAUGUAUCGCUCAUGAACUACACCUACCUGCCCAGCGCUGCCGGCGCGCCCGACCACCCGAUUGCAUCCCCCGUCAUCGUCAUGACCUCCAAUCCGGCCAGCAAGAAGACGCACAACAUCGUUGCCAACCCCAAUGUCUCGCUGCUCGUCCACGACUGGGUCUCGCACCGCCCGCUGCACCGCCGCAUGUCCGCAGGCAGUGCCCUCUCCGACGACGGUCCGGGCGGCGGCACCGAGAGCGGCGGCGCGACGAGUGGUGCUCUUUCUGGCGGGCUGGGCGCGCUCGGCGGCGGCGCCGCAGCAGCAGAACAGCCCCCCUCCUCGCUGGCCACGCUCCUGCUCAACCUCAACACGGCCGCUGUGUCGUCGAUUUCGGCGACCAUCAACGGCACAGCCCGCCUGCUGGCCCAAGGCUCGCCGGAAGAGGCCUACUACCGCGAGCAGCACCUGGCCUACAACAACUUUGCCGCCGACCCGGUCGGCCCGGACGAGACACGCAUCCACCAGCAGAUUGCACACGGGCGUGGCUCGGCAGCGGCGCCGGCGACAGCGGCGUCCGGGGCCGACCCUCGUCCACAGGACGGGCGGGAGCGGUUUGUCGCCGGCGAGGAAGUGCGCGUGAUUGUGGUGGCGAUCCGGGAUGUGCGCAUCAGUGACUGGAAGGGCCAGGUGCGAGACUGGGUGCUGGCACCGCCAGCACCUGCUGCCGAGGCGUCACAGCCGACCAUCAAUGGUAUGUGA